AUGAGGGUAGCAUACUAUCUGCUGCCGCUGGUGGCGACACUUCUGCGGCUAUGCGGUGCUAUUGAGCUUAAUGUUAAUGACACAGACUCUAUCAAGAAUGCUUCCGCCACGAUAGCAUACGGACUUAGCUCGUGGUACCAGAACAAUCAAAGCUCGACGGCUACUACGGCUAUCGGCACUUUCAAUAGUCCUCUCUACUGGUGGGAAGCUGGAGCAGUAUGGGGAGGUCUUAUCGACUACUGGGCAUAUACCAAUGACACAAGCUACGUGCCUACAGUACAGCAGGCCUUGAUGGCGCAAGUCGGACCAGACAACAACUACAUGCCUCCAGCGUACUACUCGUCUCUGGGCAACGAUGAUCAAGCAUUUUGGGCGAUCGCAGUAUUGUCAGCCGUCGAAUAUGGUUUCCCAAUUCCCGAGGGCAAAAGCCAAAGUGUGUAUCUCGACUUGGCAGAAGCAGUCUUCAACACCCAAUGGCCUCGCUGGGAUACGACAUCCUGUAAUGGCGGUUUAAAAUGGCAAAUCUUCCAGGCCAACGCCGGGUAUGACUACAAGAACAGCAUCAGUAACGGCGGUCUCUUCCAGAUCUCGGCCAGAUUGGCGCGGUAUACCGGGAAUCAGACAUAUCUCGACUGGGCUGAGAAGACUUGGGACUGGAUGAGCGCGAUUGGCCUGAUCAGCCCAAGCUAUGAUGUAUUCGAUGGUACCGACGACACGAUCAACUGUUCACGCAUUGAUCACACACUCUGGAGUUAUAAUCCAAGUAUGCUGCUAUACGGCUCAGCUGUGCUAUACAAUUACACAAACGGCUCUCAGCUUUGGGAGAACCGGACCACGGGACUUCUUGAGGAGUGCGCCCGUACGUUCUUCACACCAUACCCAAACUCAACAGACAUCAUGUACGAACCAGCAUGCGAAUUGGAUCAAACGUGCAAUUAUGAUCAGCUUAGCUUCAAGGCAUAUCUCGCAAGGUGGCUGUCGAAGUCCGCCGUUGUGGCUCCAUAUAUCAUGAGCUCGGUAAACGCUCUACUCACUCGCUCUGCUCAAGCCGCCGCGCAGUCGUGUUCAGGCGGUCAAUACGGCAACACUUGCGGGCAGAAGUGGUAUGUCGAUGGCUACGACGGCAACUACGGCGUGGGUCAGGAGCUCAGCGCAUUGGAGACUGUCCAAUCGUUGUUGUUGCUCAGACCGGACGGCGGCAAUGCGACAAGACGAUACCCUUUCACGAGCUCAGACGUGCAGAUACAAGUCGCUGUAAAUAAUCCGACAAGUACGCUGUCGCUUCCGCCGAAGACCGCAGCCACUGCUAGAUCAACAAGUAGUGCUACCAAAGCAAGUUCCGCUGUUGAGGCUAACAGUGUGCGUAGAAGUUGCGUGACCGCCGUGUACAUUUGGACGACAAUAGCUAUGUACACGGUCACGAUGAAUAUGAUAUCGAUGGGGCAAUUGAUCGAGCGAUAA